AUGGCCGUGACAUUAUUGCACUGGAUUCCCAGGCCAUUAAUCUGUGUUCUCUUUUCAAUCUUCAUGAUCACAUCGUUUGGAGUUGGAUUUUCGCAAUCCGGAUCCGAAUCCGAUGCGUUGUUGAAGCUCAAGGAUUCCUUCACAAACGCAGAUGGGCUUAUAUCCUGGCAACAAAGCAAGCCACCGUGUAGUGGGUUGAAAGAACAAUGGAAAGGCGUAGCUUGUUUUGAGGGCAGUGUCACGGGUAUUCAGCUUAAUAAUUUGGGAUUGGGAGGAACGAUUGAUAUUGAUGCCUUGGUUGAGCUUCGUAAUCUUCGUACGUUUAGCAUGGUUAACAACUCUUUCUCUGGUGGGUUGCCAGCAUUUAAUCGUUUAAGUAAUUUGAGGGCAAUUUACUUGUCGAUGAAUCAUUUUUCGGGUGAGAUAUCUACGGAUUAUUUUGAUAAAAUGGAUGGCUUGAGAAAAGUUUGGCUUUCGAAUAAUAACUUCACAGCUCACAUUCCUGCAUCGUUGUUUCGAUUGUCUUAUAUUACUGAGUUACAUCUUGAGAACAAUCAAUUUAAUGGGAGAAUUCCAUCGUUUGAGCAGCCAUCUUUGAGGCAGCUUAAUCUUUCGAAUAAUGAAUUGGAAGGGGAGAUUCCACAUAGUUUGACAAGAUUCGAUGCGAGUUCUUUUUCAGGAAAUCCAGGUCUUUGUGGGGAAAAAAUCGGAGUCGAUUGUAAUAAGAAUUCCAGUAAAGACAAGACACCUAGUAAUGAGAAGACGCCGACAGAGGAUUCGACUCCAACAAUGUCUGCAACGAAGAGCCCUCCUGAGCCCCCUGCGGGAAAGGAAGACCAGAUAAAGAUCAUUGCUGCAUCAACAACUUUAACUGUGAUGUUGAUUUCAAUUGCAGUUGUGUGUAUACUGAAAUGGAGGCGGAAAGAUAAGGCAUUUGAUGUGCUUGAAAAGGACCCUGGAAGUCCUCAUGCAGUCGAUGUUCGGGUUUCUGUGUCAAGUAGAAACGACUUGGAGCUGAACAUUAAGCCAGGAUCAACUCGAAGAGGGAGUGUUCAGUCAAGGAAUGCCAAUCAAAGUCAAGCGAAGACUGGCGGCUUGGGGGAGCUAGUGAUGGUGAAUGAUGCAAAGGGAGUGUUUGGUUUGCCUGAUUUGAUGAAGGCAGCUGCCGAAGUGCUUGGAAAUGGGGCUUUGGGGUCGUCGUAUAAGGCGCAGAUGGGUAAUGGGGUGAGUGUGGUAGUGAAGAGGAUGAGAGAAAUGAAUGCAAAGGGAAAAGAAGGAUUUGAUGCAGAGAUUAAGAAGCUUGGAACGAUAAAACACUCUAAUCUCUUGACACCUUUGGCUUACCAUUACAGGAAAGAUGAGAAACUUCUGGUGUAUGAAUUCAUUCCAAAAGGCAGCUUGCUUUAUCAACUGCAUGGUGAUCGUCGCCAAUCACACGAAGAACUCAACUGGCCUGCUCGGUUAAAAAUCAUUCAGGGGAUUGCCAGAGGGAUGGGCUGUCUACAUUCUCAACUAGCUUCUCUCGACUUGCCUCAUGGAAAUCUCAAAUCAAGCAACAUCCUUCUAGGCCCUGACAAUGACCCAUUGAUUUCAGAGUAUGGAUUGAGCCCUUUGAUUAAUCCUUCCAAUCUUGGAGAAGCGAUGUUCGCAUACAAGGCCCCAGAAGUUGUGUCAGCAGGAAAAGUGUCACCAAAAUGUGAUGUGUACUGUCUAGGAAUUGUCAUUCUUGAGAUCCUGACAGGGAAAUUCCCAUCUCAAUAUCUCAACGAUGGUAAAGGAGGGACAGAUGUGGUACAAUGGGUGGUCUCUACGUCUAAAGAGAGAUUUACAGAACUUCUUGAUCCAGAGAUUGCAAGUUCAACUGAUUCACUCGAUGAAAUGGAACAACUUCUCCACAUUGCCUCAGCUUGCACCGAAAGCGAUCCUGAUGAGCGCUUAGACAUGAGCGAAGCAGUGAGGAGAAUACAGGAAAUAAGAUCAGCGGGAGAAGGGCAAGAGCCUCAGCAGUUUGAAGACUUGCCGAUGCUUAGAGAUGGCUCUGGAGAUGCCCUCCAGACUGAUAAAACUUCAAGUUAUCAACAAGGGCAUGCGUAUUUACUGGAGAGAAAUGAAUCAGGCAGCUUUGAUAAUCACAUUAUGGGGCGUUAAGAUAGAGAUAAUUUAACCCAUCGGCAUAUUAACAACAAUUCUGACGAAAUUCAUGGGGUUCAUGAAGGGGAGAGGGAGAGUUUUCGGCUGCUAAUGCUAGAGCUUUGCCAACCCAAAGAGAAAAAG